UCACAGGUUUAUUAUCUGUGGUUUAAUUUGUCCAACAAGAGAUGGCAACACAACCCCUGGUGGAGUGGGAAACUGGUCUCUGUGACUGCUUUGAGGAAGUCAGCACCUGUUGCUAUGGUUUCUGGUGCUUUCCUUGCCUUGCCUGCACUGUCUCAGGGAGAUUUGGAGAGAACUAUUGUCUCCCAUUAUGUGACAUCUGCGGUCCCGCCAUAUUGUCAGCCUGUGGGAUUCCUUUGUUUGCGCCUCCUGCAGGUCUGUCAAUGAGGGUUGCAAUGCGAAACAGAUAUGGUAUCAAGGGUUCCAUCUGUAAGGACAUCGCAGUUGCUUGUUUCUGCGGAUGUUGCUCCUGGUGUCAAAUGCAUCGAGAGCUAAAACAUCGUAAAAAAACUCCCACUGUUGUCAAUGUGCAGAAUACAACCGUUUUUGCCACACAGCCUGCUCCAGUGAUGAUGAUGCAGCCCCAAGGUUUUGUGACCCAGCCAGGUUUUGUGACCCAGCAAG